UGCAUCCAGUCUCCCUCUCUUCAAGCAUAUAGCUAAAUUACUUGAAUCUAACUCACACUCAAGAUGGAUAAGCUGUAUAGGCCGUCGAGAGAUGAUAUUUUUAUACAAUUCUGUAAGAGAGAGGCCGGCCUCUCAGCCCCCAGAAACUUCUCUCGCCGAGUCUCUGCUUCCGAGCAUCUGGUGAAGCGGCUUGAUUUGUAUGGGAAAUUAAAUGGUCAUCUGGGAUGUGUUAACACAAUUGACUUCAACUCCACUGGCGACAUUCUAGUGUCUGGUUCUGAUGACAAACAAAUAAUUUUGUGGGAAUGGGCAACAAAGACAUCAAAAAUGUCGUAUGCAUCAGGCCACUCGGAUAACAUAUUCCAAGCCAAAUUCAUGCCAUUGACCGAUGAUGGCAAAAUCGUAACUUCAUCUGCUGAUGGCCAGGUCAGGCUUGGCCAAGUGCUGCAGAAUGGUAGGGUAGACACAAAAAGGAUAGGAAAGCAUCAGGGUCGUGUACACAAGAUUGCUGUGGAACCGGGGAGCCCCUACAUAUUUUACAGCUGUGGUGAAGAUGGUUUUGUUCAACACUAUGAUCUGCGGAGCAAUUCUGCUACAAAUCUUUUCAGUUGCUCAUCAUUAAGGACAAACAGCAAGCAGUCUUCAAACAGCAUAAGGUUAAAUGCUAUCGUUAUUGACCCUAGAAAUCCUAAUUUUUUUGCUAUAGGAGGUUCCGAUGAAUAUGCACGCGUGUAUGACAUUAGAAAGUGCCAGCUGGAUGCAUCAAAUAAUUCAGAUAUGCCUAUCAAUACAUUUUGCCCCCGUCAUCUUAAUGACAAACAAGAUGUUCACAUCACAGCAUUGGCUUACUCUUGUACAAGUGAACUUCUGGUCUCGUACAAUGAUGAAUUAGUAUAUUUGUUUCAGAAGAACAUGGGCUUGGCUCCUGGUCCUUCGUCUGUGCCGAAUGAAGAUGCAGAGAAACUGGAAGAUCCACAAGUUUAUACAGGGCACAGAAACUCACGAACAGUCAAAGGAGUGAGUUUCUUUGGUCCAAAUGACGAAUAUGUUUUAAGUGGAUCUGAUUGUGGUAAUAUAUUUGUCUGGAAGAAGAAGGGCGCUAAACUUGUUCGUAUGAUGGUAGGCGAUAGGCACAUAGUGAAUCAGCUCAAGCCCCACCCCUAUAUCCCUGUUUUUGCUACCUGUGGAAUAGAAAAGAAUAUUAAGCUUUGGACUCCCUCAUCAAAGGACAUCAAUCCUUUGCCUCGUAAUGCCACAAAGAUAAUGGAGGCAAAUAAACAAGAAAGGGAGGACCAUUCGCGGGUUGCACUCACCCCUGACGUGGUCAUGCAUGUUUUGCGCUUGCAUCGGAGGCAAGCAUUGGCUUACAUUGAGAGAAGACGCGGUGGGGAUGACAUUGACAGUGAUGAAGAAGAUGAAAGGGAGGCUUACGUUUUAGGAUUUUCAGAUGUUGAUUCCGAGGAUGGAGGGGGAAAUCCACGAGAAUGCAACAUUAGCUAGAGCUGUGUAAUAUAUCCCAACCAAGAACAUAUUAGGAAGUAAGCGAAGUUGAGUACUCCAACCACAGUCACCAACCAGUAAACGUUUUCUAGCCUCCCGUGAUUUAUGUUAUCCGGCAACCAUCCGGUGACCCUUCUCAGAAGAUCAAUCAAGGCAGUGCUCAAAUAAAAGGCAAUUGCAAUGAUCACCCACGCCAGCGAGGUCGACACGUUCUUCAAGGACGCCGGAAAUUCUUGGUAAUACAGCUCCAGUUGCCCCGGAAAAUGCAUGGCUUCUCCGAUUCCGACUAGGGCAAGUUGCGGCAGAAGCCACAGCACUGAAAUGGGGGCUAUGAGUGCAUCUGAUUUUGCUGCUACAUUUCGCCUCUUGGACUCCACCAUGGCGGAGACAACCAUGGCCGCGAUGUUGAAAACGUGGCCAAUACCCACUCGUUGGAGCGGCGUGGGAGUUUUUCUGGCCAAUCUCUUCCACGCCGGCGACAGUAUCCGGUCAAAGAGGAUGAGAGAGAGUGAGGUGGAGAGGAAAACAAAGACAAAGAUUGAACCUGCAGGGAUCUGGAAAUGGCGGCCUAGGUGGCGGUCCACUGUUAAAGCUUGGAGGACUGACAAGCUUAUGUUCAUUGCAAUUGGGGUAGCUAAGAAUAUGGCGGUUGACCAUAGCGGGAAGAUUCUUAUAAUGGUUUUGAAAUCCUCUACUUCUCUUACACUGCAUAAUCUCCAUGGCUUCUUGUUUGACCCAUCUGCUGCUACAUCUCCAUUGCCUCUCAUUGCUGCUCGAUUCAAGCACCUUCACAACGCGCCAAAAUAUAAUGAAUUAUUUAAUUCAAUUGUAUUACAUGCAUCUAACUUUAGCUUAUUUUGCCUAUACACAAGUUGUAUAUACGCAACUCCAAACAGAUUAGUUGAAUAGUUUACUUUAUAAUUAUAAAGUUUCAAA